UACUUGACUCCGCCCCCAGCUUCCAUUUCUGAACUGAAGGGACGCGGCCGCUCUCGCGUAGAGUCCUCGCCUUUUUUUUUUAUAUACUCAUUUAAGUAAAUAAACUAGGUUCUCUGUCGUAAACUAGGACCGCUGCUUUAAGGUAGUGGGUGAAACAGCAGUCCUUGUUCAUCGUGGUGUGCUGUUUGAGUAGUGGCUGGAACUGUAGCUAGCAUUUUAUUCCCCAUUUUAACUUUUCUAAGCGGCGUUUUCCGCCGUUUUUUUCUUUCCGCCGCCGCGCUCACUCUACCCCCUUGUGCGUGAGUAGGGGCCUGUGCGUUGGUUUGGCCACGAGGCGCGUCGGUACAGUUGGAUCAGGGCGAUGGCGGAGUUCGGUAACGGACUGGCGGAGGAAUCCCUGCUAGACUCAGACCUCGGACAUCCCGAGCUGGAAGACCCGGGUGUCGGUGACGAAGAACCGGGAUUAGAAGACGGAGAGGCCGCAAUCGAAGACCCGGAGCUGGAGGCAAUCAAAGCCCGGGUUAGAGAGAUGGAGGAAGAAGCCGAGAAGCUGAAGGAGCUCCAGAACGAGGUGGAGAAACAGAUGAAUCUCAGCCCCCCACCAGUCGGUCCAGUCAUCAUGUCCAUCGAGGAAAAGAUGGAAGCGGAUGGCAGAUCUAUUUAUGUCGGAAACGUGGACUACGGGGCCACGGCAGAAGAGCUUGAAGCUCACUUUCAUGGCUGUGGUUCAGUAAACAGAGUCACCAUCCUAUGUGACAAAUACACAGGGCAUCCCAAAGGGUUUGCCUAUAUUGAGUUUGCAGACAAAGAGUCUGUUAGGACAGCCAUGGCAUUGGAUGAGUCCCUUUUUAGAGGAAGGCAGAUAAAGGUGGGCGCUAAGAGAACAAACAGACCAGGCAUCAGCACCACAGACCGCGGCUUUCCACGGGCUCGCUUCAGGUCACGGGGAGGAGGAGGAGGAGGCGGAGGAGGAGGAGGAGGAGGAAGCUUCUCAUCGCGUGCACGCUACUACAGCGGCUACACACCCCCCCGAGGCAGAGGACGGGCCUUCAGGGGCCGAGGGCGAACAACAUCGUGGUAUUCCCCUUACUAAACACCCUCUCCAACAUUCCCUUACUAUCAACCCUCUCCCCUCUCUCUUCCAUUUAGAAAAAAAAACAAAAAAAAA